CAAAAACAAAUCUCAUCGUACAAACAAAAGUUAAAACAGGAUUUAUUAAUUUACAGCGAAUACAGUUAAUUGAAAAAAAUAUAAUAUGAAUGCUCCUCCAACUUUCGAGUCAUUUCUUCUCUAUGAAGGUGAAAAAAAAAUCAUCAAGGAGUUGGAUACUAAAGUUCCAAAUGCAGCUAUAUUCACAGUAAACAAAGAAGAUCACACACUUGGAAACAUGAUCAGAAACCAACUUCUGAAAGAUCCUCGUGUUCUCUUUGCCGGCUACAAGCUGCCACAUCCAUUGGAACACAAAUUCGUCAUCCGUAUUCAAACCACGUCAAAUUAUACACCAGAAGAUGCUUUCAUGCAUGCUAUCACAGAUCUUAUGUCUGAGCUUUCAUUAUUUGAGGAGCGUUUUAAAGAUGCCAUUAAAGAAAAGAAAGAAGGAACAGAUUAAAAUAUGCAUAUAAGCUUAACACUAAAAUAAAACAUACAAAGAUUUUCGAUACUAAAUCA